CACUGAGAAGGAGCUACUGGGGAAGUGGACAAUGGUGUAUUUUGGUUUCACACAUUGUCCAGAUAUAUGUCCAGAAGAAAUGGAGAAGAUGUCUGCAGCUGUCAAUGUCAUCUCCGGCCAGAAAGACAUGCCUGAUAUCCCAAUUUAUUUCAUCACCUGUGACCCUGCUAGAGACACUCCUGACGUCAUGAAAAGAUACAAUGAAGAAAUCUCUUCAAGAAUCAUUGGUCUGACAGGACCAGAAGACAAGGUGUUGGAUGCCUGUAAACAGUACAGGGUAUACUUUAGUAAUGGCCCCAAAGACAGAGACGGGGAUUAUAUCGUGGAUCACAGUGUGAUAACAUACCUCAUGGACCCCCAGGGAAAGUGCCAGGCUUUUUACUCCAGAGACUCUACUGUGGAAUCUGUAGCCAGAGAUAUCAGGCAAAAAAUAACAUCUUGGGUGCCACAGUCCUGAUGAAGAUGAGAUGAGGAUAAUUGUAUAAAUUAUGGACUCCAUGCUCUCUUCUGCCAGGAGCCUGAAGACAAACUUGUAAUAAUAGUCAGGGGUGAAAGUGUUCAGUAUUAUGCCUGAUUCAGGAUUGUCAGUCUUCAUGAUCGUGUUUGUCUAAUGGUCUAAAGAAUUUUCAGUUUUUUCAACUUUCACCCCUGGUUGUAGCAUGUGGCAAAGAUGAGGUCUGUUUCAUGGCCCUUGUUCACACUGAGCAGAACAGUUGCCUGCAUCGCAUAGGUUUGACAUAAUGGCAAGUUAAUAGCCUGGUGAUUAUGUAAGAUAGCUUAAAAGGAUCUCAGCUCUUGACUGGAGCUUUCAAACGAUCAGAACUUUGUGAAAUGGAGUAAAAUUCCCAUAGCAUGAUUAAAAAAAAUAUUUUCUAACUCGGGUCUAGUCAAACUGGUUCAAAACAGAAAAAUGCAUUGCUCAAUGUGAAAAGGACCAAUGUGAUGUGACAGGCCAUGUUGGCCCACAUAAUUUUGUUUUC